AUCGAGCUCUUUGCAGCCUGCCGCAUACGUAAAACCAUAACAACUUGAUGUACGCUAAAUGACACGAAGGCAUAGAGCUCAUGGUUGAACCAUUCUCAGCAGCUGGGAGCUGUCAGCGUUGCGGGCAGUUACUAGCAAGGCGCGCUGAAUGACCCUGGUCUCAGAAUGCGGCGGCUGUCCAGCGCCGCGCUGGGAGCGAGCGCGAGCGGGAGCAGCGCAGGCGGGGAGGGAGCCGGCGGUCCAGGGGCCGCCCAGCAGCCUCCCCGGAAAAAGAGCAAGACCGAUGCGCCUGGGUCUCAGUUGGAGGCGGUCCGCAUGCGUAACCUGGAUGUACUGGCUGCAGCCGCACUGGCUACUGCCGACCCGCCCGGCCCGGCAGUAGCAGCGGAGGCCGCAGCGCCAGCUGCUGCUACUGCCGCCGCAGCUGCGGCAACAACCUCGGCGCAAGCAGGAGCUGGAUCAGGGGCUGGCGGUGCCACAGCUGCAGCUGCAGGUUCUGUGGGUGCUGGUGCUUUCGUGCCAGCAGCGGCGGCGCCGCCUGACGCGGGGCCAGCGGCGCCCUGGGGCGUGUCUGCGACCGGCCUGGGGACAUCACCGCGGUGGCGCUCCCCCCACUCCAGCGCUGCUGGCUGGGGCGGCGGGGCGGCGGGUGGCGGCGGCGCGGCGGGCGGUCUGCCGCUGCUGCCUUCCUUGGCAACCCGUGCUGCGGGGCCGUCCGUGCCGCUGCCGCUGCAUUCGCCGCCGCCACUGCAGCCACCGCAGGCGCUGACUGAAAACCUACUGCAGACGCAGCAGCAGCAGCUGCAGCCGUGGGGCCAGGCACUAGGGGGGCAGGCGGCUGGCGACGCGCGGGCUGAGCUGGCACACCGGCGCAGCAGUGCAGGCGGCGGAGUCACAGCGCUGGCAAUACCGGGCUCAAACAGUGGCGGCGGUGGCGGCGGCUUUGGCGUUGGCGGCGGCAAUAGCAGCAAUGCCUUGCUGACUGGAGGAAGCGGCGGCGCCGUGUCAGCGUCACCUCCCGGCCCCGGCCUCAGGCGGGGCAGCGGCGGCGGCGGCAGCGGGUCAAUGGAGGCCCGUGGGGUGUCUGCAGCCGCCACCACGCCGCCCUCAGGCAGCAAUGUCGCCGGCUGCGUCCAGCCCGGCGGCCCGGCCACGUCACCUCCCGCUCCGGAGGAUCCCGGCCCUACCGGCGCCCGUCCUGCAGGCACCGGCGGCGGCUCAGCGGCGCUUCUUGAGGGCCUGGACCCGCCAGGCGGUCAAAUACCUGGCACGCCGAUGCAGCAACAACCGCAGCAGCAGCAGCAGCAGCAGCAGCAGCAGCAGCAGCAGCCUGCCUUCGCCAUCUCACCUGUGACGCCGCAAACUUUGCUACAGCCGCAGCAGCCACAGCCACAGCCACAGCCACAGCCACCACAGCCACAGCCACAGCCACAGCCACAGCCACAGCCACAGCCGCAGCCGCAGCCGCAGCCGCAGCCGCAGCAGCACUACCUGCAGCACGCCGCAAUGGUGCACCGGGGCCACCACCACCUCCUCCUGCAACAGCAACAGCAGCAACAGCAACACCAACAGCAGCACCAACCCCAACAGCACCAACAGCACCAGCAGCAGCAGCAGCACCACCACCACCACCACCACCAGCAGCAGCAGGCGCCAGCGUUGGCUCUGAGGCCCAUGCAGUCGUCUCACGCACACGCACCCGCACCCGUGCCGGCCUCCCUGAUGCUGCGGCCGGCGGCUGCCAACGGCUACCUAGCCGUCGCCGCCACCGCCCUGCUACAUCCGUCACACCGCUCCGCUGCUACAGCCGCCGGCGGCCACCUCAGUGGUGGCAGCAUGAUUCCGCUACAGCCGCCGGCGCUGCCGUCGGCCGCGUCCUCGGCGCUACAGCUUGUGCCAGCAGGGCUGCAGGCGCCGCCGGCGGCCGCGGCCGCAGCGGCUGUAGCAGCACCUUCGCCGGCGGCUGUAGCAGACCCGCAGCCUCGGAUGCAGCCGCACCGGCAGUCCCAGCCCCUGCUGCUGUCGGUGCCGCCGGUGGCGGUGUUUGAAGACGUCGCCGCGAUCCUGUCGACCGGCGGCGACGGCGCAGUCGGCACCGGCGCUGCUGUGAGAACAGCAAGAGGCAGCAGCGGCGGCGGUGGCGGCGGUGGCGGCGCCGGGGCUGCGAACCUGCUUCCAUCGCUUUUGUACUCACCGACGCAGGCAACCGGGCCAGCUGCGCAGCAGUUGCGCGGCGGCCGCGCGGCGGCGCCAGAUGCCGCUGCCACGACGCCGCAAGCUCUGCAGCCGCAGCUGCAGCCGCAGUCGCACCUCUCUUACUCGCCACUUCCGCACGCCGACAUCCUGGGGCUGCAGCUGCCCCACACAGGCCUGCGCUUCUCACCCCUGGACGCAAUGGCGGCGGCGGCAGCGGUGGCCGAGGCGGCGGCGGCGGAGGCGGCGCCGCCGCCGCCGUCUCCACCGCCGCAACCGGCCUUGUACGACUACGGCUCGACGUCCGCUCGUGGCGGCACCGGCGCAGCAGCUGGUGCCGUGGCGGCAGCGGCGGCGUCAUAUCCGGCAGCCACCCCGGGCUUUGCCUCGGGAGUAGCAGCCUCACAAGCAUCAGCUCCAGCAACGUCGGGGGCGGCGGCAGGGGCCUCGCCGGAGUCGGAGUCGGGCGACGUCUUCCCGACGGCUGCCGCGGCCGCCGCUGCCCUGAACAACUCUCUGCCGGUGGAGGUGGAUGCGCUGCUGUCUAUUGGAGCGGGCGGCAGCCGCGGCGGCGGCGGCGUCGGGGCUUUCGGCGGUUGCAGCGGCGGCGGCAGCGGCGGUGGCGGCGGCGGGGCACCCACUGGCAGUAGCAUGCUGUUACAGCCCAAUGCGCAGGUGCAACAGCCGUCUGGCUAUUCUGGCUACAGCUACCCACACCACAGCCAGCAGCAUCAGCAGCACCAGCACCACCACUACCCGCACCAUCACCACCACCACCACUACUCCCACCACCACCCACACCACCACCACCCGCCGCUCGACGAUUUGCUCCUGGUCGCCAGUGCCGCCGACCUGGGGCUUGUGGGAGAUACCGUUGGCUCCGACUUCGCAGCAGCAGGCGACAGAGGAGAGCGGGAGCGGGAGCCCGAAGCAGCUGCAGCGGGGCCCCCGGGGACGGCGAUGUCAGCAGCACUGGCGGCCGCAGCCGCGGCCGCUGCAGAAUUCUUUGGCUUGGGUUCGGACACCGACGACGUCGACGGCGCCGAGGAGAAUGAGGAAGACACUGCUCGACAGGCGGCCGCCGCGUUGGUGCAGGCGGCGGCGCCGCCGGGCGGCUUGCGCAGCAAACCGCCGCCGCCGCUUCCGCCCUACUCACAACAGCACCACCAACACCAACCGCCGCCGCCACAGCAGCAACAGCAACUGCAGCCGCAACUGCCACAAAACCAAGGUUACUACCAGCACCACCAGCACCAUCAGCACCAUCAGCACCAUCAUCAGCACCACCAACACCACCACCAACACCAGCUUCCGCAACAGUAUCAACUGCAGGAAUUGGGCGACGGCGAGGAUGGUGACUACAGCGAUGGCGAUAUGGCCGGAGCCGCCAGUGAGGACGGCGAUGAACGGCUGCUCAUGCUGGAUCUGGCGGCGGUGUGGGCAGACAACAUGCUGGGAGGCGGCGGCGGCGGCGGCAGUGGCGGCGGUGGCGGCGGCGGAGCGGGAGUAACGGCGGAGGCCGCGGGAGCCUACGGCGGUGCCGGAUUCGGCAGCAGUAGCAGUGGCACGGCGCUGGGAGCUGAUGGCCAGGGUGGUGGCGGCAGCUCGGGCGGGAGCGAGGAGGGCGAGGGGGACGACGACCGUGUCGACACGGAGGAUUUGGAUCCAGAUCAGGGCGAGAUGGAUUUGGAUUCGGAUCUGGCGGAAGAGCGCGCGGCGGCGCGGGCGCGGCGGCCGGGGGCGGCGGCGCGGCGGCGUAAGCUGGCGGCGCGGCCCCAGCGGGCUGCUCCGCCCGCAGCAGCCGCAGCGGGCAGACCGCGGCGCCGGCGAGUGCCCAGUGCCAUUGCGGUCGCGGCGGCAGAGGCGGCGGAGGCGGCAGCGGCGGCAGAGGCUGCGGAGGCGGCGGCGGAGGCGGCGGUGAGGUCCGGCGGUCCACGGGCUGCAAGGCGGCGGGCCGCAGCUGCGGCUGGUGCUGCUGCGGAGGGCAGCGGGGCAGCUGGUGCGGCGGGGCGCAAGCGGCGCGGCACAAGAGGCGACCUCGACGACGGCCAGGGUCAGGGCCGCCCAGGCGCGGCGGCCGAGGAGGAGGUGGCGGCGCUCGUGGAGGUCCGGGCCCCGGCUGCACCGCCUUCCUCCAAACCCGCCGGCAAGGGCACCUCCGCCUCCGCCAAAAGGGGCCCUGCAGCAGCUGCCGGCGGCGGCAGUUCCGGCUCCGGCGGCGGCGGCGGCGGCGGCGGCUCCGGCGGCGGCGGCUCCGGCGGCGGCUCGCGGCUGUCCGACGGGCGCAUUUACCUGCCGCACAGCUUUGUGACGACAGCCCUGGCGUCGCUACUCCCACCGCUGGCGGCGCCCUCGGUGGCGGCUGCGGCCCCAACAGCCGCCGUGGCGGCGGCAGCCGCCACAAGCGCCGCCACAGGCGCCGCUGUCGAGGGCGCCGCCACACCGCAAGACAUUGCGGCGGCGGCGACAUUGGCUGUUUGUGAUGGAGCUGAUACUGAUGCUGGCGCUGGUGCUGGUGCUGGUGCUGGAGCUGGUGCCGAGGCGUCUGCUGCCGCUGCCCCUGCUGCUGCCAUCGCCGCUGCUGCUACGAAAGCUGCGGUGCAAUUUCCGCUGCGGCUGAGCGCUGAUGUGGUUGUGAACGACGUCUGCGUCAAGGCCGACACGGAGGUGCGCAUAUGCCGCAGCCGCAACGCCAGCCGCCGGAGCGGCGUGGGCAACCACUGGUUGACUGGGCACCAGCGGCACGUACGCGACUACAAGGACUUGAGGCUGCUCGCAGUGGAGGUGGUGGCGCCGCCGCCAGCCGCCCCGCUGCCGCUCGCCACGCCGCAGGCCGGCCCUGCGCCCGCCGGUCCGCGGCUGCGCAUCCUCAUGUCAGCCAGCGGCCGCUGGUACGGCGCGCCGCCGCCCGCAGCCACAGCCGCCGCCGCCGCCGCCGCCGCGUCCCCCUCAGCCACAGCCGCCGCGACCGCGUCCCCCUCAGUCACAGCCACCGCUUCCGCGCCUUUCUCAGCCGCCGCUUCCGCGGUUCCCUCGGCCAAAGCCGCCGGCGCACCACAUGUGGCGCCCAACGGGGGCCCCACCGUUUCCCCCCCGCCACCACAGCCACAUAGCCAGCAGCAACAGAUGACGGCGGUUGCGCUGGCGCCCGCCGCCGCCGCCGCGCCUGCGCCAGCAGCAAGCGACGCGCCGGGCUUCGGGCCUCCCGUGCCCCCGGUACUCCCAGCGGCGCCGCCACCCCAGCUGCUGGCGGCAGCGGCGGCAGCAGCCUCCAGGGCCCUGCUGGCGCGGCGGCUGCUGCAGCUGCAGCUACAGCUACAGCAACAGCAACAGCGACAGGCCGCAGUGGUGGGAGGCCCGCCCGUCCCAGCGCCGCCCGAGCAGCCUCCGCACCUGCAAUCGCAGGCGCAGCAGCAGCAACAGCCAGAGCGGCAGCAGCAGCCGGAGCGGCAGCAGCAGCAGCCGGAACAGCGCACUCCUCAGGCGCCCUCUCCUGCCAGGGAGCCCGACACCACCAACUUCAUCGCCUCCGGCCCCGGGGCCGCCAUGUGCGGCAUGCCCAUACCGCCGGCACCGAGCGACCCUACGGGCCCCGCCGCGGUUGGCGCCUCAGAUGGAGCUACGGCGAUGGAAAUUGUCGCCGACAAUCAGCAGCAGGGGCAGCAGGAGCAACAGGAGCUGGCUGCAGCGCCUGCACCCAAUGCGGGUGCGGGCCGAGUAGGUGCUGCAGAGGCGGAUACGGUCCUGGGUGCGGGUGUGGGUGUGCCCGGCUUGUCGCCGCUGUCGCCCAUGGGAGCGCUGGUGGCGGCUGCUGCGGCGGCUGCGGCGGUUGGCGGCGAGGAGCGGCACGUCGGGGACAAGGCGGAGGCGGCCGCAGCAGUUGAGCCGUCGGCAGUGGGGCCAGCGGCAGCGGCAGGCCCAGUUGUGGCGACGCCGGCCCCAGUGGCGGAGCCGGCGCAUCAGCGGCAGGCGCUGCCGUUGCUGCCGCUAGCUGCUGCUGCCACCCUGGUUCCUCCGUGCCAGCACCAGCACCAGCACCAGCAGCAGUCAGCGGCGCACGCCGCCGUGCAGCCGCCAGUGGCGGAAGCUCCACAGCCGACGUCAGCUCCACAGCCCCUGGCCUCAGACCCGCUAAUGCAACAGCCGGCGCCGACCGGCCUUGAAGCCAGCCCAGGGCCACAGCCGGCGCCGCCGCCCGUACAGCCGCCCGUACAGCCGCCCGGGCUGAGCCCGCUGCGGCCCCUCGCGCCGCCAGCUCCGUUCGCGCCAACACCAACAGUGGUGCAGGCGACUCUACAGGCCGCCGUGCCCGCCGCCGUGCCCGCAGCCGUGCCCGCCGCCGCGCCCGCAGCCGCGCCCGCAGCCGCACAGCUGCAGCAGUCGCUACUGCUCCUGUCCUGGAUGCGCACCCUGGCAGUAGCACAGCAGCAACAGCAGCAGCAGCAGCAACUAGCUACUGCUGCGACCCCAGACCGGCCUCCGCAGCUACAGCCACGCACAUCCUCCCAGCAGCAGCAGCAGCAGCACGGGGCGCGACUGUACGACGGGCGUGUGCACGUGCCACUGCAGGUCAUCAGUGCCACCUUCCCGCCCGACACACGGUACCCAGCUGAGGUGCGUGUCAACCUGUGGGUCAACUCAUCACUGGUCGGGGAAGGUCUGGCGGCUCGUGUCGUACAGCACCGCAAGCACCGCCGGACCGACCAGUUCAACUUCUUCGUCACGGGGCUGCAGAAGACCCUGGCCAGGUACCGCGACCUGCGGCAGGCGGGCGUUACGGCGGAGCAGCACCCGCACCCGCACCCGCACCCGCACCCGCACCCGCACCCGCACCCGCACCCGCACCCGCUGGCAGCCGCACCGCCAUGGGGCGCGGACGCCGCAGCCGGAGCCGGAAACGGAGCCGGAGCCGGGACGGGAAUUGUGGAUGGGGGUGGAGGCUCCUGCACCGAAAACGGAGGCGGAGACGCGGCAGGCGGACGCGGGGCCGAGUCCGGGAGUGGGUGUGUGGUGCUUCGCGUAAACCUGCUGGCAGCGGCGGCUGCGGCAGAAUGAAUGAGACGCGCUUGUACAUGAUAGGGUUGAAUUAUUGUUUUGUGAUGGUUAAUUUGCGUGCGUGGUGGCAAGCCAAAUGUUAGCAAUAGGCAGACCAGGAGCAGUAAAGUACGUCGGCACACGGAUGUAUGGGUGUUAGGCGCCAGGCAGGAACUCGAAAGCAUAGUACGGUAUCGCGUUGAUUGCAAGUACAGGAAUUGCAUGCAAAUGCUUAUUGGGGAAUGUAGCUGCGUGGCCGUAUGGAUGUAGGUGUGUGUAGCGCCUAGGGUCGUAGGGAGAGCGUACGGUAGGUGCAGCAGUUGGGCUAAUGCAGCGCCUCUAGGCAACAUGUUCGGUAUGGCGGGAGGAGCGUCCUAUGGGAGCAAGCCUACUAGAGCUAGAGUAGGCCGACGGCGCUGCAGGCGGCACGCCCCUGGGGUCCAGAGCAGGGUGUUCGUUCUCCACGUCACUGGCUCGUGAACUGCGUCAGCAGGUCCCUCUUGUAACCAAUGCAAUCUAGGCAACAGGCAGGAGGGCAUGUCAAGGCCCUGAGCGUGCAGUACUGAACUCCUAGUACAAGCAAGAGUAGAGGGUGAUGAGAAGCAAGUUUGAUGGCUGCAAUCCUGGCCCGCAAAUCCCACAGGUUAGUCAGGGCAGGAGUCGCAACGUGGGUUCGCGGUUGUUACUUCACCGAUGAUUGCGCUGGCUGGCUCAUAGACUUUGCUGAGCGUGUUGCAGGUGCGGCCCGGCCUUUGCUGUUGUGUGUGGUUACAUGAUGGUGAGCACGACGUGCAUUCCUGUCCUUGUACCAGGGGGGGGGGGUAGAAAGCUCAGAUUCUUACCCCAUGCUCAAAAUUACAGAGCUUUAGGAGAGCAUUAUGCACGUACUUUUAGUUUUUUAAGGGGGUG